AUGGUCACUGAUGAUGACGAUCACAAAAAUCACAUGACCACUGAUAAUAAAAAUCAUCCUGUUAACAAUAAUAUUUCAUCUUCAAAUUCUUCACCAACAGUCACAACAAUAACACCAUCCACACCUACUAUUUCAUCAUCCUCAAGCUCUAAAUCAACAUCAGCAUCAACAUCGCCUUCGACACUUCAAUUGCUUGGUAUUGAUAAUCCAAUUAUCAACAUGUACUAUUUGGAUGUUAACGCUAAUUCUACCAACACUGCUAGGUUUCAAUUAGUCAAUUAG